GCGUCGCUAAAGUCCGCCGCCCGCGCUCGCCGCCCGCUGUCACCGCCGGGGAGCGUCGCCAAACGCCCCGACGUCCCUCCCCCUUCGUCCGGGCAGGCGGUCGGAAGUGUGGGUGGGCCCAGCAACAGCCGCGGGAGCCGUCGGGCCCCGCGCGUUCCAGCGAUCCAGCCGUUAGGCAACCCGGGGAAUUGGCAACAAGCGCUCGGCCGGACUGCGGAGGGAGGAUGGGGUUGGGGGCCAGUGUGUGGCCAGCGGAACGUGAGAGUCUGCGUGGGGCUGUCUUCCCUGGGUCGGCACUUUGCACCCGCUCCCUAAGUCUGGCCCCGCCUCCGCCCCCGCCCUGGGCGGCCAACCGAGGCUGCCUGGGCGGGGCGAAAGCCCAGGCGCAGGCGCGGGAUUGGCCCGGGGGCGUGACCAGGCUGGGUUCGCGGGCGCGCGCGGGCGCAGCCCCACGUGCCGUCCCAGUCCGCCUGCCGCUCCGCGGGGUUCGGUUCCGCCUGGCCCUCCGCCUGCCCCAAUGCCGGGUCCGGCCUGGCCAUGGGCGCGGGCUCAGUGCGGGCGCGCUACCUCGUGUACUUCCAGUACUUGGGCACGGACUUUAACGGGGUCGCGGCAGUCAGGGGCGCCCAGCACGCCAUCGGAGUCCAGAACUACCUGGAGCCGCACGGAUGCUGGGGUCCAUGCCCUGAGCAACGCGGCGCACCUGGACGUCCAGCGCCGCUCAGGCCGGCCCCCCUUCUCCCCUGAAGUCCUGACGCAAGCCCUCAACACCCACCUGAGGCACCCGGCCAUCCGGGUACUGCAGGCCUUCCGUGUGCCCAGCCACUUCCAUGCCCGCCACGCAGCCACGUCCAGGACCUACCUGUACCGUCUGGCUACCGGCUGCCACAGGCCUGACCAGCUGCCCGUGUUUGAACGAAACCGGUGCUGGGCGCUUCGGGCUGACUGCUUGGACGUCGCUGCCAUGCGGGAGGCCGCCCAGCACCUCCUGGGGACACAUGAUUUCAGGGCCUUCCAGUCGGCUGGCAGCCCGGCCACCAGCCCGGUGCGCACCCUGCGCCGAGCCUCCGUGUCCCCCGACCCUGCCAGCAGCCCCUUUGUCCUCCCCGAGGAGAGCAGGCGGUUGCGGUUCUGGAGCCUGGAGUUUGAGAGCCAGUCCUUCCUAUACAGACAGGUGCGGAGAAUGACAUCUGUGCUGGUGGCCGUGGGGCUGGGGGCUUUGAUGCCUGCUCAGGUGAAGAUGAUUCUGGAGAGCCAGGACCCCCUGGGCAGGCACCAGAGCCGUGUGGCUCCCGCCCACGGCUUGUUCCUGAAGGCGGUGCUCUACGAGGGCUUCGGUAAGAGGCGGCAUGAAGCGGUCCCUGCUUGUACCCCGUUGACUGACGGACCCCUCCCAAGGCUGAGUCCUUGCCGUGGGAGGGGCUCUCAGUGGCAAUGCUGUCCCAGCAGCUGGGACUCCAGCCUGUGGCCAAGAGGAAAGCCAGAGCCCAGCAGCCCAAGCCCCAGCCUGGCCCCGUGGGGAGGGAGGCUGAGAGAGCGUUCUAGAAGGCAGCAGAGGGUAGAGAGGGGCUUGAACUCUGGGGCGAAGGCAGGGGGCUCUGCAGUCCUGCUGAAGGCUCUGGCCUGGCCCCUGCAGAGACUGUCACGCCCCCAGGAUGACCUGGGGUCUGUUCACAGGUCCUGCCUCUAUGUGCCCUCAGAGUCCAUAACACAGAGGUCACAGGUGACCCCUGACACGCAGCAAGGUCAGGGCAGCCGUAGCACACUAGGCCCAGCUGCUGGACGCUGCCCAGCUCUGUACACCACCCUGCAUCACACAGGGACCACGGCAGGCCCCACGCCUGUCAGCCUGGACCUGCCACAAGUCCCCGCCUGCCCCGGGUGGGCUGCCAGAAAUGGAGUGUAGGAGACAGGCGCAAGCACCAGAAAACGAGACACCCAAACAGCCUGUGGUUG